GAUUUUUCAUAUGCAUCGAGGCCUUAACAGUUCACACUGAAAUUGCAUUAUCAUUUCGGGUCUUUUUAUCCUUUGAUCAGUUGUGUGGAAGCUAUUGAAGUAACCAUGACAAUGUCUAACAGCUUUUAUGGUUACUCUUUGAUUAUGACUUUCUUUAUGCAGUUACUUCAUGCGUGGCCUCAACUGACCCCAAAUUUUUAUGAUAAAACAUGUCCCAAGCUUCAAAAUAUUGUGAGAAAUGAGAUGCAAAAAGCUUUCAACAAGGAAAAUCGUAUGGCUGCCUCUUUGCUUCGGCUUCACUUUCAUGACUGCUUUGUAAAUGGCUGUGAUGGAUCAGUAUUGUUAGAUGUAAGUGGUGGGGAGAAAUUUGCCCUUUCCAACUUAAACUCAGUUAGAGGAUUUGAAGUUGUAGAUCGUAUCAAAAGUACUGUGGAGAGUGCAUGUCCUGGUGUUGUAUCUUGUGCUGAUAUACUAGCUCUAGCUGCUCGAGAUUCUGUGGUCAUUACUAGAGGGCCAUCAUGGACUGUUUUGUUGGGCAGAAGAGAUGGUUUUGGGUCAAUAAGCCUAAAUGGAACAGAUGCCGCACUUCCUUCUGCAUUUGACACAUUGGAUAAAAUCAUUUCCAAGUUCAAAAGAGUAGGCCUCGAUGAAAAAGAUGUGGUGUCCUUAUCUGGUUCUCAUACAAUUGGACUAGCUAGGUGUGCUGCCUUCAGCAAUAGGUUGUUCAACUACUCAGGAACUGGCCUUCCAGACAGCACUAUGGAUAGAAAUCUGUUGUCUCAGUUGCAAAAAUUGUGCAAGGAUGGUGACCAAAACCAGACAACACUCCUCGAUCAAUACACCGAAGGAGGGGGUUACAUUAAUAUUUUUGGCAACCAUUACUUUCAGAAUUUGCUCAACGGAAAGAGCGUUCUUAGUUCCGACCAAGUUUUAUUAUCUAGUUCUGAAACUAGUUACUGGGUCCAAAUUUAUAACGAUGAUAAUGAUCUUUUCUUUGACGACUUUGCUGAUGCCAUAAUUAGGAUGGGGAACAUAAGUCCGCCUAGGGGUUCCCGGGGACAGAUUCGGAAGAACUGCAGGAGAGUGAAUUGA